GCGGACAUGGCCACAGAUCAAUGGCAGCAGACUUACGGGCGUCACUCAGGCAACGAGAUCUAUCACAUACAGCUUGGUCGCAGCAUGUUCUUCUCCCCCUACGAGGGCAAAUCUUUCACCGAGGCCUCCGCUGAUGCACAUCAGAGGUUUGGUAUCUCGCUGGUGGCAGUGUUGGACAGCACUGUCGAUGACCCCCACCUACAACUCAACCCCGGCCCCAGCCAUAUCCUCAAGGCCUCGGAUUUCUGUUUCUACAUGAGCAUAACCAAGGAGGAAUACUCCAAGAUACAGCCUGACGCGUUGAAACAUGAUGAGUCCAAGACAGCUGUACGGACAAAAAAUAUGGAGCGUAUGGCGGCUGAGCUACAGCGGAUGUUGGACUCUGAAGACGAGGAGGAGGAUUACGGGGAGGAGGAGAGUGUCUUCAACACCAUCACACUGCAGCAGGGCUAUGACCUUGCCAAUCGUGUGAAGCGUGCCACAUACUCGACGGGAGAGAAGCCCAUGUCUCCACAGGAAAUGCAACAAAAAGCUGCCCUCAACAGCUUCAACAGCACCCGAUCUAGUAAACCUGUCUCACAGAGUGAGGGCAUGGAUAAGUUGAAGUUCAAGGUGGGUCAUGUGGACGGGCUGGAUGACUCCCCAAUACAGAGAAUAGACACACCCGCGGACACGUUUGACCACGUGGACGGGACCAAUCCGUCCAAUCACAGCCAAGUGCUCGACAAGUACCUUGAUAUGGACCAAGACGAGUUUAUCACUGGUCCACCCCCAGUGACCUUGUAUGUGGGGUCAAAGAGGGCCAUCUGUCACCUGAUGAGGGAACAGCGACCGCUUUGCUGCCUGGAAUGGGGAUUGCACUGCUCCCACUGCACGUAUAAGAACACAAAUGAUGAGCGCUGGACAAAUCAGCUGAUCAUUCUCUCAGCGGAGAAAGCCUGUAACGGAAUCUACAACUUUAUCGUUCCGCUGCGCUCCCAGUUUAUUGGCAUGAAAUCACUGUGCCCCAUCAUUCUGCUGCUUGGAGAAACGCCAGACACAAUGUUCCUGGAGACGGUUUCAUACUUCCCACUGGUGUACUGGAUGUUGGGGUCCAUUACCAGUGUUGAUGACCUUCUCAAGGCAGGCAUCAACAAAGCCUCACAUCUUGUGGUUGUCAACAAAGAAAUGGUCCAAUCAGAUUGCGAGGACACGCUGGCAGACUCAGAGACCAUUGUAGCAGUUCAGACCAUAUUCAAAUUGUUUCCGAACGUGAACAUCCUCACAGAGCUGAAGCAAGCCUCCAACAUGCGGUUCAUGCACUUCCGGGCACAUGAUGAGUACUCCCAAAAAAUAUCAGACCUGGAGAGGAAACUGAAGUCAAGCAUGACAUCCAACCUGAGUCACAUCUUCCGACUACCGUUCGCUGCCGGUCAGGUGUUCAGUGCCAGUAUGCUGGACACGCUGCUAUAUCAGACGUAUGUGAAAGGUUACCUUAUCACCUUUGUGAGACUGCUGCUUGGAAUUGACGCAGAACACAACUCCGGGCAUCUCUCAAGUAUCCGUAUAAAGCGUACGACCCUGGCACGAUACAAGACGUAUGGGGAGCUCUACCACGCUCUCUGCUCCACUACCGGGGAGAUCCCUAUAGCCCUGUACCGCACUGACAACCAGUCCAAUGUGACAUCGACUCCUACACCCACCACUACAACCCCAGCGAACAACAACAACCCGUACGAAUCUUUGACGCCUAACGGCAAGAAAGGUCACCGUGGCAAACACAACGACAUUCUCAGCCGUAAGGCAAGCAGUCAUGUGAUCAUACAGAAGAACUGGAACAACCAGAACCCGGAGCGCGAGGACAUCACGGACCUGAUACGCAACCGCAUGAAGAGCCUUGACCUCUCUGUCAACGACUACUGUGAUGCGGAGUACAAGAAGAACGACAUCUGCUACAUGAUCCUCAACCCGUCACCGAAGAGAAAGUUAAGAGCUGGGGACCUUGUGUAUGUGAUCCAGCCGAGCUCCAUGUUUGCCAUCCCCAGUCGUCUCAACCGCACAAAGCAGAAACGUGCAAAUAUGCAGCGCUCUGGCUCUGACACAGAUCUCAACAAGCCCAAGAACAAGGACAGCGCCUUCUCAAGGGACAGAACUCACUCACUGUCGUCACAGGAACGUAGCACAAGGAGUAGAUUUACUGUGGGCUCUGUGGAAAUUUAGUAG